UUGGUGUGGACGGUGAACAUUAUGUUGGCAAAUCUUGUCUUAUCAAGAAAUUUGCAGAUGAUGAUUUUGAGAAUGGAGAAUAUAAAGAAAACUUUCAUGCGUAUGUCACAACCACACACAUUCGGUUAGAUGAGUACGAUAUUAAAGUAGAAUUUUUGGAAACUG